GUAAUGGGUUAGCCGCUCCUUUAAGCAUCGGUUAGGGUUCAUUAAUUAGAUUCGAAAUGCAUGCAUCUCGCGCCAUUAUACGCAAAGCAUCUAUUUCUGCAGCCAGGGAACGGAAUGGCACCGGGAGUAUGAGAUCCAGUCCGAGCCAUGAGACAGAAACAUACCUAUAAAACAAGAACCGGCUGCCAUUUCAGAGGCUGCCUGCCACUCUCGCUUUUCAUCUUCUCCCUCAGCUGACUACUUGUGAACUACAAUAUGUCAUGUCAGCGGACCGCGUAUUCCUAAACAUGUCGCUGCUUUUCUCCUCCGCUCAAUGCGCAACAUAGCUUUCCUUGCCGUUGCUGAGACGGGAAUGUCAACACUGCAAGAUGGUCCGCAUAGCGAGCGUGCUGGGUUUGGUUAUGUUCAGUGUGGCUCUGCUCAUACUCUCUCUGAUCAGCUACGUGUCAAUAAAGAAAGACUUUCUCUUCACUACCCCAAAAUAUGCAAAUUCAGGGGGGCCUCGGAUGUACAUGUUUCAUGCAGGAUUUCGUCAUGGUCCAAUCCCUUCACAAGUGCGAUACCAUCAGGACGUCAUUCAGCCUAUUGACAUCAGGUCUCAGCUGGCUUUGAAGUACCUGGACCCAGCCUUCACCCCUUUGACCAAUGCCCUGACCGAGGGCCUGCAGGAGAACGCCUCCAAAUGGAAAUAUAACAGAACCGCUUUUACAGAACAGAGAAAAGAGAUCUCUCGGUAUAUCAACGUCGCCCACAACUUCACCCUGACUCGGAGCAGCGUCCGCGUGGGCCAGCUGAUGCACUACGACUACUCCAGCCACAAGUACGUGUUCUCCAUUGGCGAGAACUUCAAGUCCCUGCUCCCGGAGGCCUCUCCCAUCGCCAACAAGCACUACAACGUCUGUGCUGUCGUGGGAAACAGCGGCAUCCUCACGGGGAGUCGAUGCGGCCCGGAGAUAGAGAAGUUUGACUUUGUCUUCCGCUGCAACUUCGCUCCCACGGAGGUCUUCCGUCGAGACGUGGGACGGAGGACCAACCUCACGACCUUCAACCCCAGUAUCCUGGAAAAGUAUUACAACAACCUGUUGACGAUUCAGGACAGGAACAACUUCUUCCUGAGUCUGAAGAAACUGGACGGCGCCAUACUCUGGAUCCCGGCAUUUUUCUUCCACACCUCCGCCACAGUGACCAGGACGCUGGUGGACUUCUUUGUGGAGCAUCGAGGACAGCUCAAGGUGCAGCUGGCAUGGCCAGGCAACAUCAUGCACUACAUCAACAGAUACUGGAAGACCAAGCAGUUGUCCCCCAAACGUCUGAGCACGGGGAUCCUCAUGUACACUCUGGCCUCGGCCAUGUGUGAGGAGAUCCACCUGUACGGCUUCUGGCCCUUCGGCUGGGACCCCAACACGGGCAAAGAGCUGCCCUACCACUACUACGACCGGAAGGGCACCAAGUUCACCACCAAGUGGCAGGAGUCUCACCAGCUGCCGGCAGAGUUCAAACUUCUUUAUAAGAUGCACACAGAGGGGCUCAUCAAACUAACUCUGUCACACUGUGCCUAGACACUUUCGGACCGCCCUGACAGCACUAGGUCACUACCAGUCCAAAGGCUUUGUUAGUAAACUGGUCCUCUGAACAGUUGGAGAGCCAGCAACGUUACCAGUGUAAAGGUACAGUCUUUCUUUCAGUAAGUGUCAAUGUGUCAUAAGAAAGACGUUGUCUUUUUGGUGAGACAAAAGUAAAAGUUAUUCUGGGUCGUUCAAAUAUUUUCUUUUUUUUGAGAAGUUUCCUUAUACAACUUGGCCAUGAUGUCAUUAAAGGACAGCACUGCAACCAUUUUUGCGCACUGGGAUAAGUCCACUAAAAUCAACUGGCACUAUUCCCAGCUAUACUACUCUGACUAUCUGAUAGAGUUGUUUAUCUUCCAGUCUGGCUGCUCAAGAUGGCUGCCCAAAAUGUCUGUUGAUGUUGCUGCGCGCUAGUUCUACGCUUUGCCACAGCAAAAUUACAAAAACACAACUAGAGCAACAAAUACACAGUUGAAUCAGCAUCAAACCUAUAACAUCAUCAUUUGUACUUAUAUCAAAACUAUGGUUUACUGACAGCACAACAGAGUUGACAGACAUAGAAGGAAGACCCCAGUAUUGAUAUUAUAAUGCACAGUAUACUGCAUAUUUUGGUGCCAACUGGUUAUGUUUUGAAAAAAGUAGUUAUGGUGACAACCUACAUCCUCUGCAGAUUUACGUUUCUGUGGGACUUUUUUUCUAUUAUUCAGUACCUUUACUGAAUCAUGGAAAUGGAAUUUAACUGGCACUAGAAAAUGCACGUACAUUAAAGAUGCAUUCUGGAUUUUUCAGUCACAGGUUGUGAAAGUGGCACUGUCCAGACAAAAAUGGUGUACUGUUUCCUAUAUGUACCCCAAGUCAUCAAAACCACUUACUUUCAUAUGUGGAAGUUCAUGAUCAACUGAGGUAUUGAAGUGAUGCUACUUAUAUAUUAUGCACAUGCAAACAACAUCCAGAUCAGGAUAGAAGGUUUAGAAAUGUGGUUUGUCCCAGACAGCAUCUUCAAGUCAAGGAUUCCAACAGUAGUAUUGGGACCAAAUGUUUCCUAGCUGUUAGUCGAUUUAGAGGGGCAUAUCAUCAUGUUUAUUUACCUGUUCAGAUGUUUUGAGGUGAGUGUGUACUACAUUGUGUGUCCGUAUCCUUUUCUGAUGAAUCACAUUCGUUGUAAGUGAUUGAGAUUGUGACAAGGUUGACAAGUUUAUUAAACUGCUUUUGGCGUUACUCUUAUUGCAAACAUUAACUGUAGUGUGAACUUGGAACGGGGUCUUGAUGUGUAAGGCACAGGCAAGAAUGGGUAACCAAUGCUAAUCGGAUGAAAGUUACUUGUGUUAUUUACCUGCAACAACGGCUUGGUAACCCCAUUUAUGUAAUCCCUCCACUUGUACCUGUACAUGCUGUAUGUUCAGAAAUAUGUCCCUGGGCCUAUUCGUCACUCCCCAGUGAACUUCACAGACAGGUUCCUGGGCUGCACCUGGAUUUCACCCCAGUUCAGUGCCUCACUGGUCGUCCUGGAAACCCUGAUGUCAUCAGUCCAGUUAAAGUAAGAGGACACCAUACAUCCAAUGCAAACCCUUAUGUCAAAUUCCAAUGCCUUUCCAAGUUCAACAGUUUGUGUGUGUGUUUGUGUGUGUGUGUGUGUUAGCUGGUCACUAUGUGUGUUGUAAGCUGCACAAAUGUCUUGUCAUUGUUAAUAGUGUAUUUCCCUCAAGGAAAGCAUUCAGGAUGGGACGAAGGGAGGGGUAGUGGGGGCCAAUAGCUGUUACACUCUAGAUCAGACUCACACAGGCUGUGAUUAAACAGGCAGACCAAUUCUGAACUGUUUUCACACUAAUUGAGCUUUAGGCCAGUCACGUUAGGUAUUUUCGUAUCAGAGCUUUUACAGAACUAAUUUGAUUUAUCGAAAGACCAAAGCAAAAAAACUAGAAACUAAUGGGGCUGCAAAAAUCUACAUCGGAAUUGGGCUGCCUGUGUGAACUCUAUAGAAUGGGAAUCUCUGUUCUGCCGCUUCUAAUUCUAUGGAUAGAUACUGUACUUUUGGCCAUGAUGUGUACUUCUGAAUUCCAUAGGGCUGUAUUUACACAGGCAGGUAAAUAACAAUAUUUUUCCUACUAAUUUUUAACCAAUCACAUCAGGUCUGAUUACAUCUUAUUCAGACCCGAUCCAAUUGGUCAGAGGUGGCCAAUCAGUGAAAGAAUAUUGGAAUUGGCCCAUCUGUGUAAACUUCUCAAAACUGUACAUUUAAUUUAGAUUCAGAUUUAUUAUUAUAUACAAACGAGAGUAAAUGUAAUUGAGAAAACUAUUUUUGUAAUCAAGACUGAUUUCAAAUAGCUAUUUUUCUCGAGCGUCUUGGAGUUAAUCUGGCAUUUGUUUGUCUUUGUUGUUGAAUGUUAACUGCCUCUUGUCUGUGGAUAACUUACCUUAACAUGUAAUCAGAUACUGUAUAUAUAUUGAUAUAAAUAUCUAUUACAUAUCCAUAUUUUAUUAUACUGGUAUGUCAUCCUGAAACGAUGUUAAAGACAAAUCUGCCAAAAACUGUCACGUUUUAGUGGAGGAUGAUGGACAGUUGUUUUCUGGUGUGUUGAAGUUGACGAUGAGAAUUUGAAUUCACCAAAUAUUACCCGUUUCCGUUAUAACCAUAUCGUUUAGUUUCGGAUCUAUCUACGGAUUGAUCCGUUCUCACUGUCUUUAAACGCUAUUCAUUUUGUCAGUCUUGGCAUGAUGUCUGUUGUAGUCAAAGCCCCUGCAAAGCUAAUUGCACAACACUCUUAUUCAAUGCUUCCUAAAAGGCACGGAGCUUUGGAGAGACCACUGAAUAAUUGUAGGGGCCUGUGACUUGAAUGUACUGUAUUUAAAAAGAAAAAAUGGUUUAGGUUUCUGCUACGACGCCAAUAGGCACAGCGAUCUAUUAAAAAUCUAAUCUAACUACCCACAAGGAACUCUUCUUUCCUAAAGCUACUGCUUGGCCCUGGCAUAUAGCAACUGAAUAAUGUGAAAUUAAAUAAAUAUUUAUCCGCUUCUGAAACAAAAUAAAAAUAAUAUUACUUAUUAAAUAAUUCGUAGAAUAGCGUGUCAAAAAUAUAUCAUAUCGUUAGAACCAGAAUUAUAGAGUAAAGUAAAUGCCUCUGUGUUAGUUUAACUAGCGUAUAAUCUAGAGCCUAACAUUGGGAAUACAGUUUCUGUCCUUGCCCUUUCUCUUUCUCUGUCCUCCUCUUCAUUCCCUCUGUUCCUCUCUCAGUGUCUCCCUCUGUUUAUUCUCCAGACCUCUUUUGACUCUCACCACAUGGCGUCCCAUCCACAGUCCAACACACACAAUCAUUUAAGGCUGCUUCAUUGACUUGCUUUUGGAAUCAAUUAUUUUAUAUUCUGUCUGUCUUCCAGCCCUUGACUGAAGAGCUUUUAGAUUCUGCCCAGAGCUUACCGGUUACGGGGUCUGUCCUUUUCUCUUUACUUGUCUCCUUCUAGGGUUUUGUUUGUCAGUGACUUGUAUUCCCCUCCCUGAAGGGAGCUGAUCUGGGCCCAGUUUUUCAAAACAUUUAAUUCAGAUCUCCGUGGUCCUGUGUUGUGACAUCCUUUCCCCUUUUAAAUGUUUCCCAUCUUCAUUUCAGAAAGACACUGAAACACAUUAUUAUCAAUAUAUAAAAAUGAAACAAAAUGUAUUAAACUGAAAUAAAUAUAUUAUAAAUAAAUAUAAAUCGAGAUGUAUCUAAUAUAUAUCUAUAUAGAUAUAUCCUCAACAUUUUUUAGAAUCUAUUUCCCUCACUCUGUGUUGGACAUAGAAUUUGCUCAGCCAUGUCAUUUUGGGUGUUAGAAACAUCUUUGAAUAUAUUUAAAGAACACAGACAUGAUUGGCUGACAAGAUGGUCAAGAGACCACCUCCAUAUACAAAUGAUGCAGUUAAUCAUUCGGUAAAAAGCACGUCGCACUAAAAUGGUGGACAUUCCAGUUUUUUCUUUAAACCGCUCUUACACAAAAAAGCCAUCUUAAUUUCCACCUUUGAGAAUAUAAUAUAAAUAGAAUUUAUCAAAUAAUCAGAUCAUGUUUUUGACUGCACUGGGCAUUAUGAUAUCGCUAUGACACGUUUGAUCACUUCAAGUGUUUAAUCCUACAUAAUGGUCUGGUCCAUGCACAAACCAAGGGGAAAAGCCAAUGUUUAUAUAUUUCUCCUGUUACUUGAGAAUGAUAACACUUGACAACUUGGACAAAGUCAUCGAUUGUAAAAUUGUGUGUAAUUUGUCUUGAUCUGUGUAAGUGGAGAAUUCAUUUUUUCCCACCUUUUUAAUUUUCUAAAUGUAUUUUCUGUGUACCAGCCAGCACAAAUCUCACUCACUGCAUUACAACAAUUUGCAAUCAGUUUUAAAUUCCGAUUAAAUAUUUGUUGAAAUUUCA